UGGAGACCUGCCCAGGUGAUGCCGCUAGCGCGCCUGCGAUGACGGCAGCAGCGCCGUUGGUUGGCCUGCGACACUGGCUGGACCUGGUGAGCUGCCACUCCCAUUCCUCGAGCGCAUCGUGACCUGCCUCCUCAGUCCAGCGCAUCAACAGCAACGCGGACUCGCACAGCGCCGUCGAGUCGUGUAUAGCACAGUCGUGAGCAGGAAGGGGUUCUGGAGCCCUGCGACCGGCGGCUUUGAGGCUCGACGCUGGUGAUCCUGCCAUCGCCGUUGCCCUUCUCUUUCUUGGGAGCAGCUCCGGCCACCAUCCCAUAUCCCUGCAUUCCUGGUGCAGUUCAACAUCCGAUCUCCACGUUCAAGGGCACCUCGCCGCUCUCGUCCUUCCGGCCUGGCGACACCCACCGCCAGGACGGACUGAACGACAUGCAGAUCAAGAAGAUCCCCAACGUCGACGCCAUUCGGGGCGGCGACAGAUACUCGAGCGAACUCCAUCUUACGGACCACCACUUGAUCGUGGUCAUACAUCCGAGCAAACCACCUGACGGCGCUGAGGUGCCUUCGAAACCACAGAAGCCCCGUGAGCUGUACAUUGCCUACCCGACAAUCGACAAGUGCAUCUUCCGCCCAUGCCCCAGCGUCUCCGGGCGUCCGUCAUCUAUCCGGCUCCGCGGCAGAGACUUUGUCUUCAUCAACUUCAACUUCACCGACGAACUCCAGGCCAGAGAAGCAUUCGAAUGGAUACGGAACCGUACUUGCCGGCUUGGCUCCAUCGAGAAGCUAUAUGCCUUCUCAUACCAACCGCUGAAGCAAGAACGGCACCUGAACGGCUGGCAGCUCUACGACCCUAAAGCCGAGUUUCGACGCCAAGGCAUUAGCACCAAAUCUGUCGACCGAGGCUGGCGCAUCUCCUCGUUGAACAAAGACUAUGCUUUCUCUCCGACCUAUCCCGGCAUGCUGGUGGUUCCUUCACAGAUAUCCGAUAACGUCAUCAAGUAUGCGGGUGCCUACCGCUCACGACAACGCAUACCUGUUCUCACAUAUCUCCACUCGUUGAAUAACUGCUCGAUUACACGGAGCUCCCAACCCCUGGUCGGUCUUCGCGGAAAUAGAAGCAUACAGGAUGAGAAGCUUGUGAGCGCCUGUUUCUCUGCCUCCGCGACUGUCGAGUUUAACGAACUCGAACCUCCAGCGAGUGAAACAGCAGAGCCCAGCCCUGCCUCGAGCCAGAUUGACAUUCGGGUCAGCAGCUUGAGCGCUGAUGGAUCAGACACGGAAAGGCUCGAGGAUGAGCUGCUUGCAGCCGGUGACCCUAAUUAUGAUCCGCAGACGGGAAAGCGUGUGAUAUUUGGGGCACAGCAGAGCAAUCUCAUCGUGGAUGCCCGCCCUACAGUCAACGCGGUCGUGAUGCAAGCCAUGGGCAAGGGAUCUGAGAACAUGGACCACUACGACUUCGCCAAAAAGGCCUAUCUGAACAUUGAGAAUAUCCAUGUGAUGCGCGACUCGCUCAACACUGUAAUCGACGCCAUCAAGGAUGGUGACAUCUCGAAGCUACCACCGAACCGGGAGCUGCUGAUCAAGAGCAAUUGGCUCAAGCAUAUUGCUGGCAUUCUCGAUGGGUCAGCUCUAAUAGCACGCCAAGUGGGCAUUAGGCACUCCCACGUUCUGAUACACUGUUCCGACGGAUGGGAUCGCACAAGUCAACUCUCGGCACUUUCGCAGCUUAUGCUCGAUCCCUUUUACCGUACGAUCGAUGGCUUCAUAAUCUUGGUUGAGAAGGAUUGGCUGUCGUUUGGCCACAUGUUCCAACAGCGAGCCGGACUUCUCAAUCAUGAGAAGUGGUUCGUCGUGGAGAAGGAUGGCAUGGCCGGCUCAAGCAUACAGCCCGGAGAGGCUGACGGUCGUGCCAGCGAGGCAUUUGACAAUGCGUUGGCCAGCGCCAAGAGGUUCUUCAAUCGCAAUCGGAGCCCUGACAUGAACUCGGCAGACCCCGACGUCGAUGGAAUUGCUUCAGGAGAGGAGACUCCCCCGACCAAAGCAACCGUUGCUGCUGAAAUUAGUGGUGUGACCAAACCCAACGAGAUCUCGCCCGUCUUCCACCAGUUCCUCGAUGCCACAUUCCAGCUACUACGGCAAUUCCCAAGUCGUUUUGAGUUCAACGAGAGAUUUCUGCGGCGACUUUUGUAUCAUCUCUACGCUGGCCAGUAUGGUACGUUCCUCUGGAACAGCGAGAAAGCGCGUCUCGACGCCCGAGCAACUGAGAGGACGCGGUCGGUGUGGGACUACUUUUUGUCCCGCAAGGCAGAAUUCACCAACUCGGACUACGAUGCCACCAUCGACGACCGUCAGAGUGGACGUGAAAGACUUCUGCUGCCGAAGCUCAGCGACGUUCGGUGGUGGGCAUCUGCGUUCGGCCGCUCAGAUGCAGAGAUGAACGAUUACCUGGACCAAGCUGCUGCCAGGGACGAGAGGAUAGGCAGCUAUGCCUUGGCUGGGAAUGCGAACCCGAUGAGCUCGUCCAGUAGCUUCGACAAUGGUAACCGCUCUCCGUACCCUCCCGCAAGUCCGAAACCACCGGGGCUUCCUCAGCACAACAGCGUCCUCACAGGUGUGGAAUCCGCCCACCAGGCCCUUACACCGAGCCUGAAGCACAGCGCCAGCGCGGACUCGCCCAAUGCCUUCACGACGAAUCUCGCCAAGCUCAGAGACGGCGUGGCCGGGUUGGACCUCGGACGCGGACUGUUUGGAGGGAGCGGUAGCGCCAACAAUGCCAACUCUACACAGUCCAGCGAGGAGAUGAGCACAAAUCCACGAAGGACACCCCAGCGGAUACCGCAGGAAUUGGGAGACAUGUCACCCUCGCCGAGCGGUGGUGUCGGUGUCAGUGCCAGUGCCAACUCUGGAGGCAAAGAGCCUGCGGCUCUGGAAAUGAGCUAG